CAUCUUUACAUCACACGUCAGUGGGCACUGAGCUGUCUUCAAAGUAACACGGAUUAGACACACGCAGUUUCCUUUACGUAAUUAUGUCUGCGUUCUUGCUGUGAUAGUGAAAGACUGAAAUAGUGAUCUUCUGGGACUUUUGCAUGUGUUCGGACUAAUUUGGUGUUUAGAGCUACUCGUCUUUUUCACUUAGCUCUUAAUUUUUUGGCGUCCAUGGCUGUAUCAACACUGAAUAUGACACCGUACUUCACCGGAUACUCUUUUCAAGGUCAGGGUCGUAUGAACCAGUUGGGUGGCGUGUUCAUCAAUGGUCGUCCGCUGCCGAACCACAUCCGCCUGAAGAUCGUGGAGAUGGCAGCGGCGGGAGUGCGGCCCUGCGUCAUCUCGCGCCAGCUUCGCGUUUCUCAUGGCUGCGUCUCCAAGAUCCUCAACAGAUACCAGGAAACGGGUUCCAUACGUCCCGGUGUGAUUGGUGGGUCCAAGCCAAGAGUUGCGACUCCCGAAGUUGAGAACAGGAUAGAAGAGCUAAAGAGACAAAACCCAGGUAUAUUUUCCUGGGAAAUUAGAGAUAAACUAAUUAAAGAAGGCAUUUGUGAUAAAAACACAGCGCCAUCUGUGAGUUCCAUUUCGAGACUAAUACGAGGAGGCAAAAGGGAUGAAUCAGAUCCUAGAAGAAAUCACAGCAUUGAUGGUAUUCUAGGUCCAUCAUCUUGUGAAGACUCAGAUACCGAGUCGGAGCCAGGAAUCACAUUGAAGAGGAAACAACGAAGGUCUAGGACCACCUUCUCAGGAGACCAGCUGGAAGCUUUGGAACGCGCUUUCACCAGGACUCAGUACCCUGAUGUAUACACCAGGGAAGAACUCGCACAGAAAACCAAGCUUACUGAAGCUAGAGUUCAGGUAUGGUUUUCUAACCGAAGAGCUCGACUUCGAAAACAAUUGAACUCGCAACAACUGAGCGCCUUCAACACCAUGUCUCUGCAGUCAGCGUUCCCAUCAGUACACCAACAAUACGAGCCUCCAUCCACUUUCAACGCACAAUGUGCAUCUUGGCAACAGUCAUAUUCAUCAGCGUUGGGUACCAGCUCCGUCCUUAACUCCGCUCUAGCUCCUUCCCUACAUCAAUCAGCGUUAACUGCUCCUUCUGUAUGCCAAUCAGCGCUUGCAGCGUCCAGUCUCCAUCCCCCAACUUCAAGUUCAUUCUCCUCCGGUAACCUAACACCCCUUUCCCACUCUUCAGAACUUGCUACACCCUUGCAAGCACCUACUGAGCCAACCCCUCCGAGCUCGAGUCCAACCACGACGAGUCCUUCUGCAAACCAGAGCAGUGCGCUCACUUACCAACAUUCAACAUAUGCGAAUCCAAGUGAACCUAUAUCUCACCCGUAUGGUUACGGAGACUACUCGAAGCAAGAGCACGCCAUGUCAGCACACAACCACUGGACCACUAGGCAACUCAGCGGUCAUCCGCAAAACAAACUCGCAGAAGUCAGCGCCUGGCCUGAAAACUAUAGUUCAUUCUUCGGCACCAACGCGUCUCAUUACGCCUCGCACGCGCAUUCGCCCACCGAGGCCAAGUCUGGCUAUCCUUACUUAGGACAACUUGGUGGUAUGGACAUGGGCAGAGUCCACUAAAGACAAAUGCUUUAUGAAACAGUAGUUUUAAUUAAAUUAUAUUUAGAUUCAGAAUACAUGGUCCAGAUCAUAUCGAAAUGUGCCUUCAUAAUGCCGAAUCUAAUAAUAUUUCAUUAUUAAAGAAUAUUUAUAUUUACAACGACGCAAUAAAGAUGUAUAUUGUUAUCCGAUAGAUAUUUUCAGAGCCUUCAUUAGCCUUUUCAGUAUCAUAGAGAUGUAUUAUAAUACGUAGUUUCAUAGUAUGUUUUAUAUUAUAAUGUUUUAUGGUUCCUCAACUAGAAAGCGCACUUAAUAAAAAUGUCUUCUAGAUUUUAUCCCCUUUUAGGUAUAGAUCGUUGCUACAUUUUAUAAGUUGUUAUAUGUAUAUUGUAUUUUAGAUAUAAUCAAUGUUGUAGUACUAGUAGUAAGCAAUAUUGAAUUAAUGUUUUAAAAUAUCAAUACACAUGUAACUUUUCUAAUAAUUAAAUAUAAUAUAGUUGCUAAAAGAUAGACAACUGUUCUCUAGAAUAUUUUUGUUUGUACAUAGUUUAGUGACGAAUUAAAUAAUCUGUUUUCUUUCUGUUAGCGACUAUACACUGAAAGAUUGAUCCUAAAAUUGCCUUGAAUAAAGUUGUGAUUUUAUAUGAAUAAUGUAUUUAUUUAUAGGUAUACUAUUGUAACUUAGAUUUAGUUAUGUAUAGAGUAUAAGCACUUUGUAAAAUAACGGUUUACCCAGAAUAAAUGAAUGCUAAUGAAAAUA